AUGAGUUUCACCACACCCCGUAUCUUCCGCGUCUCACGAGCCAUUGGCAUCAACUCAACCCGCCGCACCUACGCAACAGAGGGGGCACCAUCCCCACCUCAAAGAAACAACAACUCAACAUGGGUGGUCAUCACCGCAGCCCUCGGUAUCCCAGCUGCCUACUACUUGCUGCAAGGCAACAGCUCCCGCGGCAAGGCGCCAUCCGAGGUCGACCAGCCCGCGACGAGAAAGGACCCAGGGGGAUUUGGGACCAUGUCGUCUAAGCAAGAGGGCUUGGACAAUGCCGACAGCAGUAACCCCUACAUCAAUGAGCCCGGAAAGAGUGUCAAGGGCGAGGGCGAGACAGAAUCAGCGAAGCUGAAGGGAACUGUUUCCCCGAAGAGACCGCAGCAAUAA